AUGGUUGGAGUACUCCUCCAAGAGCCAGCUGGCGUGAUCGGCUUCCGCACUGAUCGCGACGGUCUCGCGUUCGAAGAGCUGUGUGACGAAAUUGAACACGCAGACAUCUUGGCCGACAAAGCAAGCAAGCAGGACGCAAUCAAACAAGAUUAUGCCGCUUCCAAGUUUGACGCCGAGAAGGAUAAGACUCAAUUCCGUCAAUACGAAACCGCCAGCGACAGAGUCAAAACCUUCUACCUCGAGCAACACACUAAACAAACCGUGUCCUACAACUUGAAGGCACGCAAUGACUUCCACUCCAAAACUCGUGCUGAAAUGUCGAUUUGGGAAGCAAUGGAGAGAUUAAACACUUUGAUCGAUGAGUCCGACCCCGACACCGACCUGAGCCAGAUUGAGCACUUGCUUCAGUCUGCUGAAGCCAUGCGCCGUGAUGGGUGUCCUCGCUGGAUGCAAUUGACGGGUCUCAUUCAUGAUCUUGGAAAGCUCCUCUUCUUCUUUGACGCACAAGGACAGUGGGACGUGGUCGGUGACACCUUCGCCGUGGGUUGUGCCUUUGAUGAUAAGAUCAUCUAUGGCAAGAAAUCCUUCUCUGGCAAUCCCGAUAUCAACGAUCCGAUCUACAGCACGGACAACGGCAUCUACACCCCUGGGUGUGGUUUGGAGAAGAUCAUGAUCUCCUGGGGCCACGAUGAAUACCUCUACCAUGUCGUCAAAGACCAGUCCACCCUCCCAGAUGAGGCUCUUGCGAUGAUCCGCUACCAUAGCUUCUACCCAUGGCAUCAGCAAGGUGCUUACCGACAGUUUAUGACUACACAUGAUGAAAAAAUGUUGAAGGCGGUCAAGUGGUUCAAUCCAUAUGACUUGUACAGCAAAAGUGACGAGAAACCAUGUGUUGAGAAAUUGAAGCCAUACUAUAUGGACCUCAUUAACGAAUUCUUCCCACAAAGGGUCAUCAAGUGGUAG